AAGCCACUACUCUACUACUACUACAAUAAUCAAGAGAACAUCUUUCUCCAACCAACAAGGACCAACCACAAAACCAAACCCGCAAAUCACCAAUCCCAUCAAAACUACCAAAAUGGCCUCCAACCCCAACAAGCCCGGUGCCCCCCUCUACUCCCAGGCCGUCUCCCAAGACGCCGGCGAGCCCGUCACUGCCGAGCAGAUCGAGAAGGCCCCCAAAACCCUCGCUUCCCUAGAGAAGGAGCAGAAGAGCUCCACCGAGAAGAAGGAUGAGAGCAAGACCGAGAGCUCCUCCACCUCCAACGAUGAUGCGCAAAAAGAAAAGUCCCCCGGCCUCCUCGCGAGCGCCACCAGCACCGUUACCGGCGCCGUCGGCAGCGUAGCCAGCGGCGUCACCACCACGGUCGGAAACACCACCGCUUCCGUCGCCAACACGGUUGGCGGUGUAGUCGGCGCUGCCUCGCGCGGCAUCGGCGAGACCAUUACCAGCGUCACGGGCGGCCUCGGAAAGCCUGUUGGCGAGACCAUUGCCAGUGUUGGUACCAGCUUCGAGGGCGCCGUCAGGGGCAAGAGCGAGGAGAAGGACGACAAGGAGACCACCAACAAAAAGAAGGAGGAGGAGAACAAGUAAAGGAUCGGAUACCCUACACAUUUCAAUUGCAUUAGGAGUUUGUUGGUUUCGGGAUGCAUGCAUGAAUGAAUUUGUGAAAGCAUUUUCGUCACAAAGGAUAUUGCUUGGUGUUUUUGCGAGCCGGGUCACUACAGCGCGGGAAGCAUGUUUGACUCCGUCAGUGGAAAUCUCGCAUUUGGGCUUGAGUCUCGCACGUAGGAGACGUGUGUGUGUUGAGAAGAUAUAAUAACACGAUACCCCCAUUUGAAACACUUG